AUGAGUUGCUUUUCUUGCUUGAGCCCUAAGCAAAAGGCCCUUAUUGAAUAUGAUGAGGAUAUGACCCCAAAAUCCCUUGCAUCUUCAGAUAUUUCGAGAAGGGUUGAUUCCAUGAGAGGCAAAGGCAAGGAAAGCAAUCCACAGAAAGUCGACGUGGCCCGCAGCUUCACGCUAAAGGAACUCGCUCAGGCCACAAGGAAUUUUCGAGAAAUGAAUUUAAUCGGUGAGGGUGGUUUCGGGAGUGUCUACAAGGGCCGUCUAGAAUCCGGAACGAUUGUGGCCGUUAAGCAGCUCAAUCUCGACGGGCUUCAGGGGAAUCAAGAAUUUAUAGUUGAGGUUCUCAUGCUGAGCCUGCUUCACCACCCGAACCUUGUCAACUUGAUAGGUUAUUGCACGGAUGGCGAUCAGAGGCUGCUCGUUUACGAGUUCAUGCCUAUGGGCAGCCUCGAGAAUCACUUGUUUGAUUUAGAGCCCGAUCAAAGGCCGUUGAGUUGGAGCACGAGGCUGAAAAUUGCGGUGGGUGCGGCCCGCGGGCUUGAGUACUUGCAUUGUAAAGCCAACCCUCCUGUAAUAUACCGUGACCUAAAGUCGUCAAACAUAUUGCUGGACAAUGAGUACAAUGUGAAGCUUUCGGAUUUCGGGCUGGCCAAGCUCGGGCCCGUUGGAGACAAAACCCAUGUUUCGACUCGGGUUAUGGGGACUUACGGGUAUUGCGCGCCCGAGUAUGCCAUGAGUGGCAAGCUGACUUUAAAGUCGGACAUCUAUAGUUUUGGAGUUGUCUUGUUGGAGCUCAUCACGGGCCGCAAGGCCAUGGACUUUAGUAAAAAGCCCGGCGAGCAGAAUCUGGUCGUGUGGUCUCGGCCGUUUCUCAAGGAUCGGAGGAACUUUGUCAAGAUGGUGGACCCAUUGCUCAAAGGGAAAUUCCCGGUCAAGAGCCUUCAACAUGCGGUCGUGAUAACCUCAAUGUGCCUUCAAGAACUAGCGAUUGCACGUCCCACCAUAAGUGAUGUGGCGACUGCACUCGAGUACUUGGCUUCGCAGGCGAACGACUCGCGUAAAAUCCGGUCCCAAAGGGCCUCACCAUCCUCGGCUUAG